AUGGCUGGAUGCCUCACAGACUUUGUGUUUUGGAUAAUUCCAGGGCAGAACCAAAGUUGGGUUUCAGAGUUCAUCCUGAUUGGCUUCUCCAGUGACCCCACGACCAACAGCAUCCUCUUCAUUGUCUUCCUUCUCAUCUACCUGAGCUCAGUCCUGGGCAACGGGCUCAUCAUCAUGCUGGUCUGCCUGGACACACAGCUUACUCCAAUUUCCCUCAUUGUGGCCUCCUACAUUCGUAUUGCUAUGGCAAUUCUGAAGAUCAAGUCCACAGAGGGGCGCUGCAAGGCUUUCUCUACCUGUGCCUCGCACAUGACUGUGGUCACAUUCUUCUAUGCUCCAGCCACUUACACCUACUUGAGUCCCGACUCUAGCUACUCCCCUGAGCGAGACAAGCAGGUCUCACUCUUUUACAGUGCUUUAACACCGUUGCUCAACCCUGUGGUCUACAGUCUGAGAAACAAGGACAUCAAGGGGGCAUUUCUCAAAGUGAUGGGUUAUGGCAGGUGUACCAGUGGACCAGGAUGGUGA